UGUAACCUCCCUUCCCUAAGUCAGUUUUAUCUGAACGCUCAGAAAAUGUUGAUUUUUCUAAAAAGACCGUCUUGUGGACAUUUUGGAAUGGGAAGCAACACUUUGUGUUUGUGAAACUACACUGUGCAAAACCUUUGGCAUUUCGUAGUGUGAUGCUUUCCUGCUUAGAGAAAUGGCCUCUCAGAUAGGCAACAUGAACCGUGAAGACCGGAAUGUGCUCCGUAUGAAAGAAAGCGAAAGGCGAAAUCAAGAAAUCCAGCCGGGAGGAGAGGCCUUCCCAACCAGCUCUCCUCUCUUUCCAGAACCUUAUAAAGUUUCAAGCAAAGAGGACAAGCUCUCCAGCCGCAUUCAGAGCAUGCUCGGGAACUACGACGAGAUGAAAGAGGGUGGAGAACCGCCACGCCAAAAGCUCAGCGUUGUGCCCAAGCCCCCCGGGGGGGCGCCCUCGUCCGAGGAGCCCGGCGCGCCGCCCUUCGGGGAUCUUCCGCUGCAGCGCUCGGGAGGGGGCGGCCCAAGUAGCAAAUGGACCCCCGUGGGCCCCGCCCCCAGCACCUCGUCGCAGUCGCAGAAGCGGUCCAGCUCCCAGGCCGGCCACAGCGGCGGUCCUCGGCUCGCCGGCAGCGGCGGGACCCAGCGGCACGAGCGCGACCAUGGUAGUAGCAAGCGGUCCAGCAAGCACAGCUCGGAGCACCCGAGGUCACGUGCAUCCAGCCCGACCAAGGGCUCCGGGCACUCGCGGGCGCACGCGGCCGAGCACCACGGCAAGGAGUGCUACCGCUCCAAGUCGCCGCGUGAGCACGACGCCAACUGGGACUCUCCGUCGCGCGUGCACACCUUCUCCGGUGGGAGCCAGCACACCGGCCAGUCCUUCCCUCCUUCGCUCAUAUCCAAGCCCAGCUCCAUGCCCCAGAAGCCCACCGCCUACGUGCGGCCCAUGGACGGCCAGGAGACCCAGGAGCCAAAGACGGAGGCUUACGGCGGCCAGUCGCGCAGCAGCGGUGGUGCCGCCGGGGAGGUGAAAUGUAGUAGCAAGGCCUCCCUCUCCAAGCUGAAGAUUCCCUCGCAACCGCUGGAGGCAUCCAUGUCAGGAGAUCCUAACUGUGUAGAUGAAAUCUUAAAGGAAAUGACUCAGUCAUGGCCGCCCCCACUGACUGCCAUUCACACCCCCUGUAAAACGGAGCCUUCCAAGUUUCCAUUCCCCUCCAAGGAUGCCCAGCACCCAGCGAGUUUCCCCAGUGGAGGACACAGUAACAAGAGGUACAAUUUAACAAAGACAUCCUCAGUGACCGGCCACCAGCCCAAAGCGUGUGAUGGGGACCAAACCAACUCGCUGAUAGAGGAUUUGAAACUGAGCAGUGAUGAGGAGAGUGAUACAGAACAGAAUUCUGCCAAGAAUCCUUCAGAAAAUGCACCUGCCAGCAACCACGGCGAGGCAUCCAGCAGCCCCAGCGGCUCGGAGAGCAGCUCCGGCUCCGACAGCGAGAGCGAAAGCAGCUCCAGCGACAGCGAGGCCACCGAACCUCCCCGCGCUGCAUCCCCCGAGCCUGAGCAACCAACCGCUAAUAAGUGGCAGCUGGACAACUGGCUUCACAAGAAGCUGUCGCCACCAUCCCCGGUGGACAGCAACGUACCCACGAAGUAUAAGAAAGAGGGUCGAGAGCCGAGUUCUAGCAGGGGCUACGGUAGCCAGGGUGGGACCAAAGAGCCAGGGACUGCAGCCCCGAACAGGGACCUCCGAGCGGCUGCGAAGGUCUCCGAUGUCUCUCGUGGCCGGCAGAAGUCCCCCGCGCAGAGUGACGGCGGUGCCGCCCAGCGAAGGACUGUGGGCAAGAAGCAGCCCAAGAAGUCUGAGAAGCUCCCAGGGGUGGAGGAGUCCAGGGGUGUGAAGGUAGAGAGUGAACCUACCCCAGAUAUCCCUCCCCACCGGGCCAAGGCGGCCACCAAGGGCUCCCGCAAACCGAGCAUCAGGAAGGAGACCAAGAUCUCGCCCAGGCAGACCGCCGACAAGCGGAAGUGUAAAACCCCCAUCAAGACGCCCAUCAAGUCCGAGAAGUUUGUGGAUACGGACUCGUCGUCUUCAGAGGCAGAGGAGAACGACAGCAUUCCCUCCUUGUCGCAGACUCCAAAGUACUCCCAGGAGAGCAUCCAGACUCCAGUGUGCAUAUUCUCUCCCAUGGAAGAGAAGGAGUUGCUCUCCCCGCUCAGUGACCCAGAUGACCGCUUCCCUGUCAGACAGGUGCUCAUGGUGAAGAUUGACCUCAGUUUACUCUCCCGGAUACCAGGCAGGCCCUAUAUGGAGCUCGACCAGUCCAAGUGGGACAAAGAUGGCACCGAGAGGGACAGCAAGGACAUCCAGAAGCAAUUGCCCGAGAAGACUGCCAGCAAAGGCAAAAGGAAACACAAGAGUGAGGAUGACGUCAAAAGUGACAGCAAGAGGCCUAGGUUGGAAGACAAGAGCUCUUCCCACCACAAAAGCAGCAAGGAGGCAUCAAAAAGGGGGUCGGACAAGGAGAAGGAGCCAGUUCCCUCGCCGGUGAUCGCGGGUCCCCAGAAGACCCCCAAAGGAGAGCACCAGAGCCGCAAGCGAACAGCAAGCCAGUCCUCAACCUCCGUACACGGCAGUGCCAAGGCUGGGGGCUCCUCUUCCAAGCACAAGAAGAGCGAAGAGAAACAGCCAAGGAGCAGCAAGGAAGUUAAGGAAAAAGCCUCAAAGACCUCUGAAGGCCAGAUGGCGAAUCAGAUCCUCUCCUCUGAAAGUACAAAGUCUCAAAGACCAAAACUCGCAUUCGAAGACAGGAUGUAUUCUGCCGAUUACUACUUACAAGAAGCCAAGAAGCUGAAGCACAAUGCAGAUGCUCUGAUGGACAGGUUCGAGAAGGCGGUGUAUUACCUGGAUGCCGUGGUGUCAUUCAUCGAGUGCGGCAAUGCGCUGGAGAGAAGUGCUCAAGAGGCCAAGUCCCCCUUCCCCAUGUACGCGGAGACCGUAGAGCUCAUCAAGUACACUAUGAAGUUAAAGAGCUACAUGGCCCCAGAUGCCACUUCAACAGAUAAGAGGCUAGCAGUGCUCUGUCUGCGGUGCCAGUCUCUCCUUUACUUGCGUCUUUUCAAGCUGAGGAAGGAAAGUGCGCUGAAAUACUCUAAAACUCUCACCGAACACUUGAAGAAUUCCAUAAACAAUACUCAAGCCCCAUCUCCUGGAAUGGGAAGCAAAGCGGCGGGCAUGCCCUCCCCCGUCUCCCCCAAGCUGUCCCCAGGGACAGCCGGUUAUUCCUCUGGAAGCUCCAGCGCCAACAGCAGCUCCUCAGUCACCAUCCCCCAGCGCAUCCAUCAGAUGGCUGCCAGUUACGUGCAGGUCACCUCCAACUUCCUGUACGCCAUCGAGGUGUGGGACCAAGCAGACCAAGUGGGCAAAGAGCAGAAAGAAUUCUUUGCUGAGCUGGACAAGGUGAUGACGCCCCUGAUCUUCAACACCAGCACCAUGACAGAGCUAGUACGCUACGCGCGGCAGGGUCUGCACUGGCUUCGGCUGGACGCCAAGCUCGCCCCCUAGUGGCCGGCCCCCUGCACCACACCCACACACCUCAACAUGGGCUCGUCUGCCUCAAAUACACCCAUAGCACUGUGCUCAAUCCUUUAUGAGUUUUCCAAAAAACCAGAACCAGAAAGUACUAUACAUCUGUAAAAAUGACAACAUCCUCGUAUUGGUGGUUCUGCAUCUACAAAGAUUAUCUGAGAAUUUCUAAGUGUGCACUGUACAUACUGAGGGAUGUUUUGGGUCUUUUUAUUGUUUUUAAGCCAUCUGUGUUUGUAAGAAUGAAUGAAUGAAGCCACUGCUUUCUUUUUCACUAAAGCGCUCUGAAAGAAUCUGUUUGCUAUACGAAGAGCAAAUGCUAUUUAUCUUGGGUUUUUUUCUACCGUUGUCUUUAAACUGGUGUACCUCCUUUUUAACCAAAGGUGCUUUUUUAAAAACUAAGAUCAGUUCUUUCUUUUUUUUUAUAUCAUUGUUUUUUGUGCCUUGUAUUUGAUACACAAGAAAGUUCCACCGCAGUUCUGUACUAUUUUUCUAUAUAUGCGAGUAGCACAAAUGACCGCGCAUGCAAACGGAGCGGCGAUGACUUGCCGGAGGUCGCGGGUCUCCGCGGCUGCUGGAGCAUCAGGUGGCACACGGGUGACGGACCAGCAGCGGCUCCCCGCUGAGGUUCGCCGUAGAAGCAGAAUUACCUGAGCGACUGGUCUUCCGGGCAGAUGGCAGCCGCGUGAGAGCGCCCCCGUGUGGGGAGAGGAGAUACCUGCACACAAUUUACCUGCCUGAAUCUCCAAGAUCAUUGUACCUCACAGGGACACUAAAAACUGGAGCCACGUACACCCACCUACUGUAUUUAUUUUUUGCAAAAAAAAAAAACCUGCUAAACGCUGCGAGGCUCUCUGCCUCUUUAGUGCUCGCUAAAACAGGACAUUUUACCUUUAAAAAAAAAAAAACAAAAAACUAAAAAAAAAAACUUUAUUUUGAGUCUGUGGCCUUGCAAUAUGAUUUUAUCAGUAGGAUUUUCUUCUUUUAUAAAAGCUGCACCUGAGAAUAUUUUAUUGUAUCUUUUUUCCCCCCCAGAUUAGUCUGGGAAGAGAGUCGUAAGACCAGCCAUUUUAAAGAAGAAAUAUGAGAUUUUACCUAGCAUAUAUGAAAUGCUUGUGUUUUUUUUUUUUUUUAUCACUGUUCAGAGUGCAGGGCUAGUUUUUCUUCCAGGUACAAAUUAAAUACCCCUAUAAAAGUAUUUCUAUUAUGAUCAAUUGCCUUGUUCUAGAUCAGCUGUAAUUUCACUUCAAGAAAUGAAGACUUAACAGGGUUGAUAUAAGUGCUGUGACUAAAUUUGUAUAUUAAAAUUUAAUAUUUAAAUUUGGGUGUAUUAAUGGUCUCCUGCAGUGGCUUAAUAAAAUACAUUUUGCAUAUAAUUUAUAUUAUAAUGAAAGUGCGAGAAGAUUCCUUUCAAAGGCGUCUACAGAACCUGUACAGGUUUUAAGAUAAAGAAGUUUAUUAAAGAUAGAAACAGUUUUUAAAUUAUCCUCUAAGUCACUUUUUGUUUUGCUCAAAGAUGUGAUCAAGUGCAUGUUGGUUUUCUGGUUGAAGAUGCUCCGUUAGACGAAUAGAAACAGACGUGGAGGUCUGUGAUUUGCAUCCAGAAGGCUGAUGCAGACUAUGAAGAGAAGUGGGGUUCGUUAGGAAAAAAUGAAAUGGUUUCACAACAAGUAUGAUGACAGAAAGGCUGUAUACAUUAUGUAUGUGUGUGUACUGAGUGGACCACUGUGUUGGAAAUGUAUCAUUUUGCACUACAGUUUUAACAUUGACUCCCUACUUAUUUUUUGGGAAAACUGUUAACUGUUCUUACACUAGUAAGAGCAUCAGAACAAAAAUCUAUGCAGUUUUAUUUUCCGAUUAACUUUAAUUACAGGAUUAGAAAUCAUAACUAAGAAAAAUGGGGGUGGGGGGGGGGUUUACAGGUUUGGACACAAGGAUGAAUUUCCAAAAUGGCGUUUGACUCCUCUCUAGUCUUUAUAUGUCAGACCAAAAUUUAGCUGGCCCUAGUCAGAAUUGGCCCUAUAGGGCACUGGGUCUGCUCGCUUGGUUCUCAUGCUGUUUGUUUAUGCGGUGUGAUGACCGGUCAAUGAAUCAAUUUGCAGUUAAAACUGGACAUUGCAUUUGUGAUCUGAUCAUUCUGUCUGUGAAUAACAGUAUUCUUCAGGACUGGUUAAAAUACUGUAACCAUCUAAAAUUGUACAUUGAAACCUCUCUCUUUCUAGUACUUUAUUGUCUUAGCUUUCAGAUUAUUUAUUAAUAUACAAAUGCAAGGAUCCUUCAUUAUUGUCACUAUGGCCAAAAGCAGGAAGGUAAUUGAAUAUUUAAUUAUAUUUAAUAAGCUUUGACACGUUUAUGUACUGUUAUUAUUUUCCUGCUUUGUAAUAGUAACAAUGUUAAAUUAGUACUAUUUGUAUAGCCUUUGUUGAUAGUUCUUGACCUAGAUUUAAUUAAAGUUUGUUAAAGAAAUCAUCAAUCAAAGUCUGAUGUACCACCUAAAAAACACUUGCAUGUUUUUAAUUUAAUUACACUUCUGUAAAAAUGUAUAUUAAUAUGUUUUGUCUCUGCAUGCCUUGUUAUUUUGUUGCCGUUGUGUUUAUAAAUUCCAAUUGUAAAUAUUGCUGGUGAAACGACAAUGUAACCCCAUAUUUCAGGCUCCACCCCCAUAAUGGGCUAUUUUGGUCUUAGAAGUCUGUAUAUAUCAACACAUUAGAAAUUAAUGUGUUUCCAGCACAUUUUUGCGGUGUUUGUACAAGCCUCUGUGCUGUCUGUCACCUUUUAUCCCUGAUGUACCUUGAACUGUAAAUGUCCUAUUUUGUAUAUAUGGUACAGAGUUAACUCUCUAUUCAGUGCAUACAAUGAAGGCUGGAAGAAUAUAGACUUUUCGUAACUGUUAUUAACAGCUGCGGAGAAGAAUCGCUCCACAGAGUCUAUCUGGGAUAUAAUGUAGAAAAGUUCAAUAUCGCUAAAAUUAAAUCAGAAGGUCAUGUUAACUAGACGGUGUUAUUUCAAUGUUUUAAAUAGAACUAGGUGGUUUGAUACAUUGUGCUCUUUGUCAGUUUAUGCUUUUCAAAUUUAAAGAUAUAUAUGAUGGAGGCAAUAUUAUGAAAUAAAGGUACUUUAGAGUCCAUUUUUAGUUUUCCAGUCUUGGAAUAACAUGUAAUUUACAUAUUCUUGUUAAGUGAGUAUUAACUUGUAAUCAAGGGGUUUCUGAGUCUCUUAAAUAUUGGUAUUUUGUUGUAUUGAGAAUAAACUCUAUGGUAAAGUUUUA